AUGUCGACUACAUCCGGUAUCUCCGUCGCUGACGAAUGCAUCCAUGCAUUCAACGAGCUCCGAUACGGCAAAUCCGCCAAACCCAAGUUCAUCAUCUUCAAGAUCUCCGACGACAACAAGCGCGUCAUAGUCGACGAAUCAUCCACCGAAGUUGGCUUUGAGGCAUUCCGGCAGAGACUCGCAGCUGCAGUUGACAAAGAGGGGAACCCGGUCCCGCGCUAUGCCAUCUACGACAUGGAAUAUGAUCUUGGUAGCGAAGGAAGACGUACUAAGACUGUCUUUGUCCACUGGGGCCCUUGCGAGGCUCCUAUUAAGCUGUGCAUGCUCUAUGCUAGUAGUGCGAUGUGCUUCAAAAGUACUCUUAACAGUAUUCAGGCCUCAAUUCAUGCGGACAGUCUGGAGGAGCUCACUUGGGAGGUCGUCUUGAAGGAGGUCAGUGGGGGCCAAGCAUAG